AUGAUGCUUAGCUGGUUGGCAGGCUCCAAUCAGGACUUCGCAGGAGGUGCAGCAGAUGAGUCCAAGAUUAUCGAUGCGCCAGAAACCCCUGCGCCAGUUUUCGCCUACAGGGCCUUUAAAAACGCGAUGCUUGGAACUCCGGUCGCAGAAGUUGACGAGGACAAGGACUUGACUAUUCCAAUACGCCAGCUGAACCCGAACCUACACCGGCGAGAUGAUGGGUUGAAGAAGGCUGCUCAGAAGCAUUCAAUGGACGAGAACCGAAAGAUAGAAAUUCCCAGACUUGAGCCAAAACAGCAGGAACCAACACAGCCAGUCGUAUCCCCUUCUAAGAGUAUCCUACUCACUCCUGGAACUGCUGCAACGCGCCGGAAGACAGUGUCUUUUGGAGCUGGUGUGAAGGAUAAUGAGCGCAAGCCGGUUAUAUUCAACGACGGACCAGAUCUCGAGCUAAGCGGGGGGAACAUCAGCCGCCAAUGGUCAAUGAAUGUGUCUGGUGGGUCGGGACGUAGGAGCAAAUUGACACAGUCGCUACUUGAGGCCCGAGAAGAAAAAUUCGGGCAGGAAGUGGAUGGCCUAGAUGAUGUUAGUCGCCCAAAGAAAGAAGAACGACAGGAUACCUGGGAUAUGGAGUUGGAGGAUCAUCACGAUUCAGACCAAUCGCAGGAGGACGAAGAGGAUGUGACAACAAAUCUCGAGGCGCCACACUCUCAGUCGGGGAAGUACUGGAAGUCUGAAUUCGAGAACUAUCGCACGAAAACGGAGAAGGAAAUACGCAAACUCAUCGAAUACCGCUCCGUCGCCAAAUCUUAUGCGAAGAAGAAGGAAACGGAGGCGCUUCGCCUAACGGAAAAGCUGAAGCAAGAAGAAUCCAAAGUGGCGGAAAUGGAGCGACGCGUUUCUGAACUUGCUGCUGGCAUGGUUGGCGGCGCGAAUGGGGAGAACUCAAAUAAGGAUCAGAUGUUUCGCGAGCUUUCAAGGCAGACUGCUGCAGCCUUACAGUAUAAACAGAAAGCAGCAACUUUCAGGAAAACACUCGAAGAUCACGGUGUGGUCGAUAACAACAAACAACCGCAGCUGGAGGAUCUGUCACCAGACGAAACUACGCAGAAACUCCGCGAGGUCGAGAGCGCUCUGAGGGAGGCUAACGCCCAAUUGCGAGAGAGUAGCGGGAAUUCGAAGUUGAACGAACUACAAGAACUAGUACGAAGCUCGGAGCGAAAAGCUGCUGAACUCAAGAGGGAGAACCUGCUGUUGCAACGAAAUCUUGACAGAGUUAAGACUGAACUGCUACAUGUUGGGGAACGACGAAAGGCGCAAGAAGAGAGGGCAAAACAGCGCGAAGAACGGCUGGAGUCUCGUGCGCAAGAUUAUAGUAAGCGCUUGACAGACUCUUUAAGAGAUCACCAGGCAGCGGAGGAAGCACUUAAAAAGUCCUUUGACGUGGAAAGGAAGCAGAUGCAGGAAACCAUUGAUUUGCUAAAAGGGGCGCUGUCUACAGGUGGAUAUCUACGGUCUGAUAAUACUCAAACCCAAGCGCACACUCGGUCGACAGGCCCUGAAGAAUCCACAAGAGAGAUCUUUCAGCGCUUGAAGGAGGAGACUAAGCGUGACCAUCAGGCUAGAGUUGAUUCAUGCGGAUCCGAAGAUGGCGAACCAGAAAUAACUCUCGACAGUUAUAAGGAAGAGUUGAAGUCACCAACGGGGUCGCCAACGAAAUCAUCAACCAAGCCUCGUGAGCCUGCUCACCGUGCGGUCCCCGAAAGUCCCUUUGAUGACGAGACCAUUGGCGCUUUUUUGAAGAGCCUACGAGGAGAUUCCAGCUCGCCGAAGAAACAAUCUACCCAACACCGCACGGCCUCUCAGUAUAUCCUCGAUGAGAUAGAGGCCACCGACAGUGUCCUUUCUGCGAAUAUUCGUCGCAAACUGCAGCUUGAACCUGAUUCUCGAAUUCCUAGCAAACACUCAAAGAAUUCUAACGAGCCCCUUAACCUCGCAGAGGAAUUAUUCAUAAGACUCGGGGGUUCGGCCCGCAAUCUUGAAUCCCUUCGUCAAAAGGACGCCGAUAUGACAAACACUUCUCUAGUUUCAGCCCCUACUGUCACAGCAGAUAUGAAAUCCACGCCUAUCUCGAAACUAACCUCUAAACCGCGGACCUCAUAUCGCCCAGGGUACUCACCUCGUCCGUCCCUGAUGUAUCUCAACGCUGGUCGUGUAGACACGCACCCUAAAAGGCCAAAGGCUAGGACAGUCUCACAACCCGCUCGCCAGAAGGCCAUUAACACUGCUUCAGAUACAAAUCGCCCACCGAGUACCAGGCCAGACGGCCCUGCUCAUUCAAAACUCGAUUCCAUACCAUCAGAUCGACUCGCGGCGGCGAAAGCGAGGUUGAAGCAGAGGCAGCUGAAUGCUAAGGUCGAUGCAGAAGACAAGGAGAAUAUGCUUGCUGUUUAG